UCACAUGACCGCCACCUUUCCUCCAUCUUGUCUGACAGCGCCCGAAAGGAAGGUAGUGUCCGAGUUUCAACCGGUUUUCCAAGCCAUAAUCACCGAAAAAAAAUCACCACAAUGUCGUCUGACGCCGGCCCACCAGAGUACGUGCACUUCUUUGGCGUGAUGGGAGCCACCUCAGCCAUCGUUUUUAGCGCUUUUGGAGCCGCCUAUGGCACGGCCAAGAGCGGAAUGGGCAUCGCGGCGAUGAGCGUGAUGCGGCCGGAGCUUAUUAUGAAGUCCAUCCUUCCCGUUGUCAUGGCGGGUAUCAUCGCCAUCUACGGUCUGGUGGUUGCUGUACUGAUCGGCAGCAACAUGGACAACACGGACGCCUACACAACAUACAGGAGCUUCCUACACCUGGGUGCAGGGUUGAGCGUGGGUUUGAGCGGACUUGCUGCUGGAUUUGCUGUGGGGAUCGUGGGUGAUGCAGGCGUGCGAGGAACUGCCCAACAGCCUCGACUAUUUGUCGGUAUGGUCCUGAUCCUGAUCUUUGCAGAGGUGCUGGGUCUGUAUGGGCUGAUCGUGGCUCUUAUUCUCUCCACCAAGAAGUCGUAAAUGCUUCGCUGGCGUUCGAUGGGAACUCUGCCAACCUCUACUUAACUCAGACCUGGACUAGGCAGGGCAAUGGGUGGGCCAACUGACAGCUUGAGUUCAAGCAAACAAACAAGUCAAUAAAAACAGGGGUCUAAAGACAGUUUUUUUUGUUCAUUGAGAAAAUCAUUCAAUUUUUAGAAGCAAUCAGAUGAAAAGAAUUAAAAACCAUAUGAAAAUUAUCUAGUUGACACCUUGGCUUUAAGGUAAAUUUUGCUGGAUUCUCAAAUCUUCAUAUAAUAAGGAAUGGGGGGAUUCUUAAGAGGACUCUUAAGCCAGAACAGUAUCAGUGUUGGUGAUAGAUCAGAUAUAACAAACAUGUUGUAUAGAUAUUUAUCAAAUAGAUCAAUUGCAAAAUAAACCUGUGCACGAUCUGUCGGCUUCCAAAAUUUUAAGAACAUUCCACUUGACCCUCAUAUCUAAAGCUGCUAGUCCACUGUGGAGAAAAUAUAUGAUACUCUAAAUGUUUGUUGGUUGCUGUCAUUCUGAAGCAGGAUUUUUACUGUGAUUGUGUUAACCAUGUUGGAAAUUACAAUUAAAAUCCUGCUUCAGAGUAAAAAUACAGUUCCCUUAAAAACACUUACUUGGGAGAGCAACAUGAUAUUGCUGUAGUUAGCAUUCCAAACUUUCAAUCUCCUUGAAUAUAAAAGUCUCCCUCCAGUUGAUAACUGAUGCACAAAGAAAAGAACAGAUGAAAAGCCAAGAUGACGACCACUUCAAGGUUGGAAGUCAAGCCCAGUUGGCCGCCCAUUGUCUUAAGAUGUUGCUCAAUACCCUGGUGAUCCCAGAUCUCUCUUAUGUAAGCCUAAUGUCAUGGGCAACAGUAGAUAGGGUGAAGCUUUGUUAUCAGUGGUAUAAAUUUUUUGUUUUGUACUGAAGGUAAAUCUGUAAAACAGGUAUUAGUGAAGUUAAAGCUGCACAAAACUUGAGUUGGAUGAAUUAUCAAUUUUAAUAUCUGUGAAACCUUGUUCUAUCUUUGUGUAUCCGAAAGGAGUAGUUAUCGUGAAGAAUGUGUUUUUCCCCAAUGAAAAGGGUAAUUCUGAGUAUCCAAAAGGAAACAGAUAAGAUGAGACACUUUGAUCGAUGUCACAGAUGUAUUUAUCGUGGAUAUAGUAUCUAAUGUUUAGUGGGGUAGAUUGGUGGUCACUUUGGAAGUUUGGUGUUUGCAAACAACAUUGGCUCGACUUGUUGGUCCUGCCUCUGUUCCAAGGCAAACGGAAACCUAUCGGGUUCAAGAUAUUGUUUCUCCUAAAUCUGUGAGGUAAUGGCAAUGUAGUAGGUGGGAUUUAGACUUGAUGUCAGGAAAAUAUUGUUAAGAAAUAGUGAAGGUAAAAAAAGGUAGUAGGAACAGAUCAAGAGAACUAUUGUAAAUGUGUAACAUCGGAGCAUGCCGUGGCAGUGUUCGUAGUGGUCUGCACGUCUCCAUGUGAACUGCAAUGAUAGCUGUAGACUGUAGGAUAAUUUAGAAACAAAUCUAAGGGAUGACAUUACAGAAGAUUAUGAUAAAACGUAGGAUGUAUAUAUGCUGCAGAUGAUAUACGCUCACACCAGUGUGACAUGGGAGGAUACUACAAUUGCUCUGUGUAAAAUGUAUAUUUGCUGUUCAUAGCAAGAUACAAAUAACCAUGCCAAUAACCAGCUUGGCUAGCAGGAUCUCUUAUAAUAGGCAUCAUAACAGCUUUAACUGUCAAAUAUUUGCAACAAAGGGACAAAUUUGACAAACUCUUACAUCUGGUUGGGUAAAGUGCAAGGCAGUGAACAAAGGGUUAAGUAGCAUUGAAUAUCUCUCAAACGGCUUUGUAAAAACUCUGUCAUGUCACCUGUUCCAAGCAGCCAAUAAAUGUGGUAUGUGUAAAA